AUGGCGCCGAAGAGAAGCAGAUGUGAUGAAGCCGACGCAUGCUCCACGUGGGUCAAGGAUAUGCUUACGAAAUGGGAAGAAUAUUUAGAAAGGAUAGUCAAAGAAAAGGAGUGCAGAAUUACCUGGGUCGGGAUCGAAGAGAAGGGGACACCGCAAGCGACCGCUGCGUUCGAUCGGGAAGCAAUAAAAGAAGUAAUUGAUGCAUCUGGGGAUGACGAGCUGGUCGCGGAAUGGACCAACCGCAGGAUCGACGUCGUGUUUCCCUGA